AUGUCAGAAAACAAGAGGGACAUGGCGAGAGACAAUUAUCGAAAUCGCAAUGAAAUCGGGGAAAACGAAGAGGACGAUAGCGAAGUGAAGAUAAUAGGAAUCCAGAAGCGUUGCAAGCGACUUUUCCCAACCGGGUGCAAGGUGAAAAUCAAGACCGAGGUGCUCGACGAGAUCGAGGACUUUUCGGCGAACGACGAGUUGGAUGUCGAUGUUCCGUACGAAAGUGACUCUAGGAAGAAGAUACAGGAGCCACAGGAUUUUAUUUACACGUUCGAGAAACGUAGGAAAGAAAGAAGAAGAAGCUUGUCUUUGGUUAAAAGAGAAAUUACGUCGGACGAAUACGUAGACUUCGAGGAAUACAUAGAGGCGUUGACUACAGGGAAAAGAUUGAUUUGCAGCGUCUGCAGGAUAGAGUUUCCCGAUGAAGCGGAGUUCAAGACGCACAUGAUAGGGCACAGUCACGGAAAAUUGUUCCAGUGUGGCCUUUGUGCGAAGCAGUUUUCACGGUCCUCGGCUCUGAAAGAUCACCUCCGGCUGCACGAGACGUUCAAAGCCUUCAUGUGCAGGCACUGCAGCCUUCGAUUUCAGCAGAGGGAUCAGCUGAGGACGCAUCAGGCCGAGAUGCACUCAAACCGCAGGCCGUUCGAGUGCGGCGUGUGCAAGAAGAAGCUGCUCCAUCGGCAGUCGUUGCGCGAUCACAAGCUGAUGCACACCAAUGUGAAGCCGUUCGAGUGUUCGAUCUGCAAGAAGAGGUUCCUCCGGCCGAGUAGCCUCAGGGCACACAUGAUCGUUCACACCGCGGACUCGCCUUUCGAGUGCGACCUUUGUCCUGCCAAGUUUAAGAGGUCCUCCGUGUUGAAAACCCACAAGUUGACGCACACUGGUAUUAGAAGGUUCGAGUGCGACAUCUGCAAGCACCGGUUCCAUUUAAAGGGCGCGUUGAAACACCAUAUAUUGUCGCAUUAUGGCGUGAGGCCAUACAAGUGCGAGGAUUGUGGCAAAUGUUACCGGAGGUCCUGGGGCCUGAAAGUGCACAGAUAUCGUCACACGGGGGUGAAACGAUUCGAGUGCGAUCUCUGCAAAUCGCGGUUCAGCGUGAAAACGAAAUUGGCCAAGCACAUUUACGGUCACAUCGGCGAGAAACCGUACAAGUGCGAUUAUUGCGGUCGUCAGUAUGGCGAACGAUACCAAUUGAAGGCACAUAAAUGCGGCAAUCCAGCUAAGACGAAGAUCAAUCGAUCUUAUUCAGAUUCGAUCACUCAGAUUGUGUUCUUUCGUCCCAAAUCGACGAGCAGUUCGUUCGAUUUGGAUACCAAGAUUCGAUGAUUGUUUUAUAGAAGAUCGUUUGUAAUAUCGGAAAGAUGUAAAUUAGUUGAAAGAUCUCGUUGCCGAGGAAGCCAUUAAUUACGAGACCGACUAAAUUAUUUAUCAACAAUGCAAAGAGGAAUGAUGUAUAUAGAAUGUUUGUUGAAUUGUUCAGUUUGUUAAAUACACGCCGGUUCUUAAGAUUAUGAAUUUCAUUUGUUUCGGACAUAUCCAACUUUCGAACGCUAAAAAUUAAAACCAAGAAAUUUUAUAGCAACAGGAAUACGCGAUGGAUUGAAAACGAUUCAAGGAACGUAAUGAUUAAUAAUAAGGAUUAAGGAUAAUAAUGAAAAUAAUAAAAAAGUAGAUUCGUAGAAACCGAAUCCUAUUCUCCUAGUUUAUAAUUAUUUCUAAAAUUCAUCGAUCACGACGGCUCUAUUGACUAGCAAAAUUCUAAGCAAAACUAUAACAUCUCGUCGGUUUAUUGCUACUGGUCGGUCACGUUUAUCUGUAAUGGUGGCUUCGAUACACUCGCGGUAUUUGGAUCGUGUUUGCAUGCCUGUAGAUCAAACACAAUAAAGAAUCAGGCUUAAUAAGCACUCAGCCGCGGAACAAAAGUCCGAUUAAUUCCAAGCUGGAUCGGCUCGAUUCGGAUCGCUUUCGAACGUAGCCUAUCUCGAAGCUAGCACGACUUUGGUUCGUCAUCAAGGUGGCUCGCGUAAUCAUAGUGGUUGUUCAUCGGUAUCGUCGAGACGUGAUCGAAUUCGUCCGCGAUGAGCACGCGGCAGUGAUUCUUUAAUCGAACCUACGUGGACGAUCGUUCCGUUACUGUCGUCAGAUGGGAACAGGUUCCGACCGGAGCCUUUGAAGAUUUUAUGCUGACAUUUUCUUCUAAUUCUAUGCUGCAUCGCGAGUUUAAUCGUUACACUUUGAUGAGUGCUAUUUGUAAUUGAAAUCUUUCUCUAUGGAAUUUUAGAAGAGGUAUGUUUUCCUUUGCGAUCUCUUGGCAAAUUUUCUAAGUUUUUAUAAUGUAACUUUGUGACUGAAAUUUCAUUGCAACGCCGAUAGUACGCGAUAUAAUUACGAAUCAAAGAUAAUAUCAGGGAUCUCUUGCACAAUUGAAUGGAUUAUUAUCGGUAAAGUUUUACGAAUUAACGGUACUAAUAAAUUCUCUUGCAUAAUAGCAACAAGAUUCGUAAUAAGACAACGAAAUUCUAGAAGAAAGUUUUUUUCAAUCAAAAUUUUACUAAUUGCCGCAAAAUUGUAAAACCUGUUUGUGUAACAGAGUGUUACACUUUAUUACCUAUCAGUAUACUAAUAGCAUUAAUUGGUAAAUUAAUAAUAAUAAAGCAAUAUGCUUAUGAUCGACGAAUCUUAAUUUUCAUCGCUCAGUGGUCAGAGACCUUACGAUCGCGCUGUCUAACAGUCUCAACGAAAAGCUGGAAAAUUCAGAUGCGAGAAGAUUAAAUCGGAGUUAACACAUGUAGACAUGUUGCAUUUAACAAAGACCUCGUGUCCGUGAAAUCCUUGUCAAGGGUGCAUUAUAUAAUUUGAUCCCGAUAACGCAUGGGAACCGCUCGUUGGUCGGCCUCAACUGUAUCUCGAGCACGUGGGCUCUGCUUGUGUCGCCGCACGUGAGAAUGGUAGUUUAAGGUGCGUGGACACAGCAGGGGUUCGCAUACGGUAAUCCGAGAAGAACCGCCCUUUAUCUGAUUGCAUCUGUGAUUCGCGAGCCUCCCGGAGGAACCCUUUGACAAUGCCGCCGAGCACGUCGCCUCCUACCUGCGUUCUUCCGUCUCUAUUCGCAAAUUCUCCACGUGUUUCGGUCUUUUGGACCACGAACACGCUCCCAUAAUUUGCAUCUAAUUGCCUAAACCCAUGUGGCACACGGUCAUGCUGCGACCACGGAAGUUACACUUACGUAAGUAGGCAGCGAAUCGACAAAAUUGUAUCGUACGACGAUAGAGGCAAAAUUUCGAAAUUAAUUUCAAGCUUGUUCGAAGAUUAUUCGCGUCUCGCGAUCCACUGUUAUUGAUAUCCCCGCCACUUGCCUAUUUUUGGAAUAUCGACAAGUGGAGAUCUCAAUUUUUUAAAUA